CUCUGAGUUUUUGCGCUUGCGCAAGAGCUGCUCCGCGCGAGAAGCGGCUGCGCGUGCGCGGGCACUGGGGCGUUCUGGGAGCGGCAGGGCCCCGGCGGUUCGGUUGCCGCCGCCCGUCCUGGCGAGGAGCAGCGGCGCCGGUGUCCCGGCGGGUGGGGCGGGCGUACAGGGACCGCGCCCGAGCGUGGCGGCAGCGCCCUCGGAGCGCGGGCUGCUUCUGGUCUCUCGGCAAGGGGGAGGCCUUGUAAGGAGGCAGGUGGUGCUAGGCGCCUCAGAUGAGCUGCAGAGACCGCACUGGGACGGCGGCGUGAUGCAUGCGGUUGGUUGCUGCAUAGUGGAAGCCUUUGGAAUUUAGCAGCCCCACCUGCUGCUGCACUUAAGGAUUCUAGCAAAAUUUUUUUAAUUUGAAUUGGAAUUGGAAUUUGGAAAAAGUAAUUUCCUAUAAGUAGUUCUGAAAGGGAUGGUGCAAUUAGGUCUUUGUUAUGGAAAUGUGGUGCAGGAAAUUGUCGUGCAGACAGUAGGGUUUGAAGAAAUGGGGGUUGUUAUUGAAGUGUUGUGGUGGAGUCCAGUUCUGUGUAGAACCUGCACUUGAAUCAAGAGCCAUGUGGUCAGCUGAUGAAAUUGCUGGGCUGUGUUACCUGCAUUAUAGGACCAGACUUCCUAAGCAGGGGAAACCAAAUCCAAACAGGGAAUGGACUUCCCUGGCAGCAGUUGUCAAAGUGGAAUCUGCAGCCCAAAGAAAGGCUUGUGAUAAUCCAGGAAACUUGGAGGUAACUAAGGAAGUUGUUGCUAUGGGAACUGGAACAAAAUGUAUUGGCCAAAACAAAAUGCGGAAAACUGGAGACAUUCUGAAUGACAGCCAUGCUGAAAUUGUAGCCAAAAGGAGCUUCCAGAGGUAUCUUCUCCAUCAGUUGUGGCUUGCAUCUUCCCAUCAGCAAUGUAUCUUUAGUCCAGGAACUGAAACUGGGAAAUGGAAACUCAAACCAAAUAUCAUAUUUAUUUUCUUCUCCAGUCAUACCCCAUGUGGAGAUGCUUCUAUUUUUCCAAUCAGUGAACCAGAGAACCAGCUUUCUAAGCUAGUGACUGGAGGUCAUGCAGCUGAACACUCCCCAGAAUGCAGGAGUAAUCAUAAUCAGUUGUGUCCAGGAGAUAAAAGGAAAUCAGAGAAGAUGGCAAGUAAUCAUGUAAUCAAGAGAAUGAAAACUGAUGAUGGUAGUUGUUUUUCCAUAAUCCCUGAACACCUUGCUGUUCAGCAUGAAUCUGUGAAACAAGAAGACAACACAAAUCAAAAGAGCUAUGAAUGUUCUGCAGAGGUGCAAACAGCUAAUAAGGAGACUGGCUUAGUGAGAGCAAAGGUAGUAGAUGUUCAUAGAACUGGAGCAAAAUGUGUACCUGGAGAGCUGGAUGACGCCCGAAUACCUGGGCUGGGGUACCACUGUGUGGGAUUACUACGAGUGAAGCCAGGUCGAGGAGACAGAACAUGCUCUAUGUCCUGCAGUGAUAAACUGGCUCGCUGGAAUGUGUUAGGGUGUCAAGGAGCUCUUCUGAUGCAUUUUCUGCAGUGUCCAGUGUAUCUGUCAGCAGUUAUAGUGGGGAAGUGCCCAUAUAGCCAAGAAGCUAUGCGGAGAGCAGUUAUUGAAAGGUGUCAGCAUAUCUCAUCUUUACCAGAUGGUUUUUUCACUCAGGAGGUUAAGCUGCUGCAAUCAGAUCUUCAAUUUGAACAUAGCCGUCAGGCAAUUCAGGAAGUUCAUACUAACAGCAAAACAAAACUUGUUCCUUGCAGUGCAGAUACACAGGAUUGUAAUUUAGUAGAGCGAUACAGCAUUUUACCUGAAUCACUGUCUAUCAGCUGGAGUGCAGUCCCUGAGCAACCUCUGGAUGUCACCUCAGAUGGCUUCCGCCAGGGAACAACAAAGAAGGGGAUUGGGAGCCAUCAGAGCAGAUCCAAAAUCUGUAAAGUGGAACUCUUCCAUAAAUUCCAAAAGCUGGUGACAAGUAUUUCACAAGAAGAUCUACCAGACACUCUACGGAUGAAGACUCUAAAAACCUACUGGGACUACAAGGAAGCUGCACUGAAUUAUCAAGAAGCCUGGAGAGUGCUGCGUAGUCAAGCUCUGCUGGGUUGGGUCAAGAAUGCCAAGGAAUACCUGCACUUCACAUGAGGAUCCAUGUGGCUGUGUGAAUCCAGGAAUAAGUUCUGGUCCACAGCAGAUACCUCUGCAAUUCAAGGGUCAGAAAAAGAAGCCCUGUAGUUUGUGUGCUGUAAAGAGACAGGAGUGAAAAGGAAAGCAAUUUACAGAAUACUUUCUUUUUACUGAGUUGAACCCCUCUUUUUAAUGAAAUAUAGAAAAGGAUCACUGCUGACUUAAAAUUCUUAGCUGCAUGAAACGAUAUGACUCCAAAACAAAGGAAGCAGUGAUGUGCUUCCCUAGUAUUUCAGGAUACCAGCCAUAGUCAUUGCAGCGAAAGUAAUGUCAACUGAAAUUGAAGCAGUACUAUGGAAAUUUAGUGCUGCUUUUCUCUUCCUCUUCUCAUAAUAUUGUGGUCGUUUUUCUGUUGCUGGGGCAACCCUAAUGUAUAGUAAGUAAUACUUUCAUAACUCGGAGCUCUUGUCUGGUGCCUGGAAGAAUUUUCUGUGUCCCCCAGCUUCAUUGCUUCUAACUGGAAAAACUAGUUCUGUUAAAGUGCCUUUUUUUUCUGGGAAUCCUUCAUAUAUGCUGCUGUUUACUAAACAUAGCCACAGGUAUCGCCACAGCAGAAGCAAAAGCACUGGGGAGGAGUCUGUGUCAAAUAAUACCACUUAUUAUAUCCCAUGCAUCUCGGUUUCAGGACUUUGCCAGAUAACCUUUCAACUGCUCUGCUUCUGUAGGCAGGAAAGAAAACUCCUGAAUGACUUGGUUCAAAUUGGCCAGGCAAACAUUUACCUGCUUUUAAGUGUUUCAAGCACUGUCCAUCUCCCUGCCCCACUGUGGGAAAUGGCCAGUUAAAAGCAGAAACGCCUCAGCCAUUUAUGUCACUGUUCCUUGUGUUCAUUAAUAGCCUGGCAAAGGUGGAGAUGCUUUGGGGAGUAUUGCAAGUUGUCUCUGGCAUGUCUCUUCUAGUCUCUUUGUCAUUAUGCUUUAUUACCAACUAUCAUCUGCAUGGCAAGAGUCAACAUUGUGAGCAGUUGUGGAGGAAGCAGCAUGUAAUCCUCCUAAAGCCUCCUGUCCCAAUUACUGCCUUUCGUGAAGAAUUUCAAGACUGUGUAACUGCUACUGAGCACAUUCCCCUUUUAUAUUUUUCUCUUGUAAACCACAAUUCAUAAAAUAUUUGGACAAGGCAAUGGCAGGAUGAAAGAAGUGGAUAAUUUAGAAAUUAAAAAUUCUUCAGUGAUUUGAAUUUUUUUUGUUCUUUCACAUCCUGUAGUUUUGGAUUUGAAAAGUGGCCACAGCGGUUUUCCAAACAGCCUUUGCUGUCAUCCUACUGAGAUACAUAUGGGACCAAACAGUGUACAUCACGUUACAGUCUGAGAAUCGAUAGCAGCAAAUCUUUUUUACUUCACACUUAGGUUGACUUGUCAAGUAAGAAUAGUUCUCUUGUUGAAGAAGUAACAACUUGAAUUGUGUGUGUAUAUGCCCAUUCUCUCAAAUCCUGCACUAACAUGCAGAAAUACCGGUUGUAUUGGUGAGGAGGAAGUGGUUUUAUGUGUUUGUAGAGGGCAAGGGAUUAUGGAGAUUAGGGACUUGCAGUAGUCAUCAGAGGAUAAAAAAUGGCCAGAUCCCAUUGCACAUGGACUACAGGGUGAACUGCUGAGGAUAAAUGGUAGCUAUUCCUGUAAUUGAGCAAGUAGCAUUCCAAGGGCAGAAUUCUAUAGUGUACCUAAAGAGCUGUCAGUAGAUUUCUAGGUUCCUGAAAUUUACCUUUGUUCUUCGCUGAAAUCUUGGAGAAACUAUUAACUUACCAUACCUAGUUUCCCCUAGUUAAUCAACAAUGUCAGCAGUGAACCUGCUGACCAGACUGGAAUGUUCCCAUUUCCUAUCCAGCUGCAAUAUUAAAAUGGGUUACAUAAGACUAGUUCUGUAUUCUUGCAUCAGUUUUCAGAUAAGCAGUUAUAUGGUUUAAAUUCUUAACUUACUUCUAAAAUUUGAGCCUGGCUAUUAGGAUUGUUCCUUGUAAGAUUUUUUUGUGCAUUUCUAAAAUACUUGUGAACUGCGGACUGCUGCUUUUCUGUUACUUGUCAGGUUUAAAAGUAGUUUUUGAGGUGCUGAACACUGAUGCUAAGCUCACUUUUUGGAUGGAGUUGAGGAGAUAUUUAAGCCUAGAGCAAGUCAGUGAAUAUGUGAAGAGAAGGAAGGAGCUGAAACAGAAUAGCAUUUAAAACACAGAGGGGCUAAGCCUGCAGGAUCUCAUCCUAAACUGGAUGGCAUUUCUGUGAUGGAAAAUCAGUAUUUAGAUGUUGCCUCUGUUUCAUUCCAAAAUGUCAGGAAAUGCUGUUUGCAGUACAAUGAAACUGCUCUAAAAAUCAGAAGGGAAAAACAGAGAGAUAAGAAAGAACAGUCUCUACUUUUGCAAAAGGUAGCGAACUAAACUUGCGUCAUUGUUAGCAGGUCUUUGGAAGAGUAACUCCUGGAAGUAACAGUUGACAUGUUCCAAGCCUGUAUCACUCCUUUGUGUUGGGAUAGCUGACACCCCAAAAAACAAAGAUAGGCAAGGCACAGGAAGGACAGUAGAAUGCAGAGACUCUGGUACAGGAGAGCAGAGUUAGCAGGGAGGGAAGUAGCAGGAAUGAAGUGCCUGCAGUGCAUGGUUACUGAGGACACGCAAACAAUUGGCAGUGGGAGCCUCAGAACAUAGGAGGGGCACCAAGAUUCCCACCAUUUGUGUAAAAUGAGCACAUCUGUAUUACCCAGAUAGGUCCUUGCCUGUCCCAAACUUGUUUGAGGACCAAUGGCUCCUAAUUGGCAGGACAAAGAAACUGUGAUCAUUGAGUGGGAUGUCUUUAACAGCAUCACUAUCACAGACAUCAUUCUGUUUUCAGUCAUAAUAAGAAGGCAGGACAGACUGCCUGCUUAUCUUUAAGGAAGUCAAAACCAGAGCAUAGAAACAAGUGGUUUUGUCGAAGGGUAGGAGUAAUCAAUCUGUUUGACCUUGAGGCUGCAGUUCCAUGAGAGCGGAUGCUAGCAUUCCACUGUCUUUGGAAAAGCAAGGGUUUGAUCUUCACAGUGUGCUUCCACUGCUCACCAUAACACUGUCUGGAAGGCUUACUGAUCUCAAUACAUUCUGAGUAAACUGAAGACUAUUUAUAUUACUGUAUUUGUAGCAAAACAAACCACGAGUCCAAAACAAGAUGUAGCCUUUCACUAGGAGUUAAAAGACCUCUGCAAUAAAUCCAUUAAACACUAGAGGAAAGGAAGAGCUAGGGUUGUGCCACUGAGGGCAGGAGAAUUCUGUUGGCAAGGAGGAAAGAAAGGUGUUGGGAGUUCUUUCUCUCAGACUGUCUAAUAAUGUCAUAAGAGGGCUGCAGCAAUGAUAGGUACGUAAUAUAUACAACUAACAUAAAUACAUGUAGAAGCAAGAUAAUUUUUGAAAAAAGACCAUCUAAAUGGUCUAAAUUUGUCCUGAAUACUAAAUGUUUACUGAAUGCUAAAUUCAUCCAGUACUAGUUUACCUAUAUUGAAGAUGACAUUUCAAUUUAGUUUAAAGAUAACUGACAUAGAAGUGUUGCUGUAGGAAUACUGAGGUAUUAAUUUUUUGUUCCGUGCAUAAAUUGAAGGGUUAACAGAAAAUGAAGAUCAUGCAGGAUCAAAUGCUUUAUAUAAUUUGACAAGAGUGUAUUAUCUAAAGAGAUGCAUUUCACCUACGUAUUUCAAAAGGAAACCUCUUGAUGUUUUAUUGCCAUUUCAAGUGUAAAUGCAGACAAACAGUGAAGUUACUGCUGUAGAAUAUUUAUCCUUACAUUUUCUGGAACAACUUUCAUGUCUGGGCUCUUAAAUCUAAACUAAUAAAUACAGAGAUGUUAAAGAGAGAUGUUAUGUGGGGGUUUUAGGGGCUUAUGAAAGGUAUCCAAAAGUUACCUCAAUCCCAUCUUCCCUUGCUUUUAAGAUACAUCUAUUUGCUACCAUGUGAUUAACUUUAUCUUGCAUUUUUAAGUGUUUCAUACUCCUCUGUUAAUAGCUAAGAAAAAAAUAUUACUUGAUAACUAACGAAAAACUGUAAAGUUUCAGCAUAAAGGAAACAGAACAUUUUCCAGUAAUCAAAGGUAAUUUUAAAAAUGACUGGUAAAACCACUUUUCUUCAUUCUGAAUCAAAAAUUCUGUUAAGAGUAAACAUCAGUGUGUGAAAAGGGAGUUAGAAGUAAUUCAGGAUGGAAGCACUGACAGAAUGUUUCCUAUAGCAGUUGUUUACAAUGCAGUGCUAUUCUGAAUAAUGAAGGGCUUACUGAGAUCAACAGCACAUUUUCAGAUGCAGUAAGCACAUGCAUCACAGUUACAGGGACAAGCUUCAGUAAUAGGGUAGUGUCAUCAUUUCACAGGCUCCUAUGUAUGGUCACAUUUUGAAAUCUUUCUGCCAAUACUUGUGAGU